AUGUCUGAUGCUUGGGAAGAAAUACAAGCUAUCAAAACUAAAAGAAAUACUUUACGUGAAAAAUUACAAAAGAGAAAAAGAGAUAGGGAAGACCUUUUGAAUUCAAAUCUAACAACAAAUUUUCAGGAUGUAUCUACAACAACAAAAAGUAAAUUAUUACUGGGAAAAGAUAUUACAGGAAUUUCAUCCCCGGUGCAAUUUAAAGAAGAAACCGCAGACAAAGAUGAAAAAGGCCCUUUAGAAAUUAAACCCGAUCCCGAAAUAGAAAUUCAAGUUUUAAAAAGACUUUGUGAAGUUUCUUUAAUAUUACCCACUACCUCGGAACAUUUGACUUCUAAUAUUGCCAAAACGUUAAACGUUGAAGUACAAGAACAAGUUAUAAUAAAUUUAUUGCAAAAAUUUGCCGCUCAACAAUUAAUAGUUAUUAAAGAAAAUUUUAAAGAAAAUCAUCACAGUUUCGAAAUAGUUACUGCAGACCACAGCAAACUCCUUGCCAUGGCAAAUGAGUAUGAUGAGAAAGGUAAAAGUGAUGUCGAACCUGAUGAGAACAAUAUUAAAAAACGAAGGUUAGAUAAGGAAUCUGAAGAAGAAAAAAGUGAUUCAGUAAAGUCUGAAACCAUAAAAGACGAUGUUAAAGAAAUGAAAGAAAUCAAUCAAUCAGAUAUAAAUUUUUUGUUAUCAAUGCCAUCAAUUAAAGAAAAAGAGACUAAAAAAGUGGGAGAAGAAAUCAUGGAUUUAUUAAGCAAGCCUACAGCAAAAGAAAGAUCUUUAGCUGAAAGGUUCAGAUCUCAAGGUGGUGCUCAAGUAAUGGAAUUUUGUCCUCAUGGUACUAAACUAGAAUGUCAAAAAUCAUCUAAGGAACUCUGUAAAAAGUUACAUUUUAAAAAAAUUAUUCAAAGUCAUACAGAUGAAGCAUUAGGAGACUGCUCUUUCUUAAAUACAUGCUUUCAUAUGGACACCUGUAAAUAUGUUCACUAUGAAGUAGACAAUCCAAAAACUUUAAUUAAAGAUGGAAAUAAUAGUAAGGAAGUUUUUGAAAAACCUGGAAGUGCUAGUGUUUCAAAUAGAAUCGGAACAAUUUUAUACCCCCCUCAGUGGAUACAAUGUGAUUUGAGGUACCUUGAUAUGAGAGUUUUGGGAAAAUUUGCUGUGAUAAUGGCGGAUCCUCCUUGGGAUAUUCAUAUGGAACUUCCUUAUGGUACUUUAUCAGAUGAUGAAAUGAGACAACUAGGGGUUCCUCAACUUCAAGAUGAUGGUUUAAUAUUUCUUUGGGUUACUGGAAGGGCUAUGGAACUUGGUAGAGAAUGUUUACAAUUAUGGGGUUAUGAAAGAGUGGAUGAAUUAAUUUGGGUUAAAACAAACCAACUACAAAGAAUAAUUAGAACAGGUAGAACAGGUCACUGGCUCAAUCAUGGAAAAGAGCACUGUUUAGUAGGGCUUAAAGGUAAUCCUGAACAUUUAAAUAGAGGUUUAGAUUGUGAUGUUAUAGUGGCAGAGGUUCGUGCAACUAGUCAUAAACCAGAUGAAAUUUAUGGAAUCAUUGAAAGGUUAUCACCUGGAACGAGAAAAAUUGAAUUAUUUGGGCGUCCCCACAAUAUACAGCCAAAUUGGAUAACUUUAGGAAAUCAAGUUGAUGGUGUUCGCCUUGUCGAUCCGGAACUAAUUGAAGCCUUUAAAAAAACAUAUCCCGAUGGCAAUUGUAUGUUGCCACCAGUAAAAUCAUAA